AUGAGUUCAUUCUUAUUGUCGAGAUUCGAAACCACGGAUAUUUCAUUUGAACGUGUGGAUUUAUUUGAUGAACUUCUAACGGCUACAGCUGAUUCUCCAGAUCGUUUAUCUCCGUAUAUAAGUUUUAUUCAAUCUGGAUUUUGUGAUUUCUCAGAAGCAGUAAGGAAUGGCGCUUAUCAAUGUGCGCUGAAUUAUAUUUCCUCGAAUCCAUCGAUGGCUAUUUCUUUCCUAAAUGCUUAUUCGAUUGCGUUGCUACACAAACAAGCUGACAUUAGUCUUCAUGCAUUAUCGUUCUUGCCAAAAUUCAUCAUCUUAUCUCGGAGCGUCUCGAAAAGUUUGAUUGCUGUUGCAUCAUUAGCAGCAAAUCGUUGGCCAUCACCAGAUUCUGCGGCACAUCUUUCACGAGCAAUAGCAGCUUUUCGAUGCACAAAUCUAGAUAGUAAUGCUGAUGAACAAAUGAGUCCUAUGAAAUAA